GGAUAUUGGAAGCAUUUUGGCUGUCGUUCUUUCAGUAAGUGCAGCGUGGGAAAUAACUGGAGGUUGUGUCCGUUGCCAAGCCAGAGAGUUGCGGGGAGGUUGUUGCAAGCUACUAGCUACAUGCAUGUAGCUAGGUGGCUGUGAUGGCCCAAGAAAAGAUCGUAUCUUUUGGACUAAGCCAGCAAGACAGCUUUGGAGCCCCAUCUUGAGAGCGAUCACGCUUACUCGUGAUUUGAUUUGGGGAACCCAACAGCAGCCGACCAUGACGUUCCAACAGACCGCUGCUUGUUUGUUGUCCUUCUAUUGUUAUUUCCUAUUGAGUUUUUAACAACAACACUACCAUCAAGAUGAGUGGCAUGGGCAUUCGAAUGGUGACAGCAGUCGCGAGUGCGAUUCGCAGUGCCGGCAAGAGUUUGGACAAGGCAGGAGCCAACAUGGAAGUGGCCAAGUACUCGGAAAAGCUGGUUCCCUCCACACGGUUUGUGGCGGUCGAUGGGGUGGCUCCUCGUGUGGCCGAGUACGGUACCUUUGUGGCUCCAUCUGCCUCGGUGAUUGGAGAUGUCACGAUUGGUCGCAACUCGUCCAUUUGGUAUGGCAGCACCGUUCGUGGUGAUGUCAAUACGGUGACCAUUGGAGAGCGUACGGCCAUCAUGGACCGUGCCGUUAUUCAUGUUGCCAAAAUCCAAGGAGACUUGCCUACAAACAUUGGAAACAAUGUGACUGUGGGUGCCGGUGCUCUCAUUCAUGCGGCCACAGUCAAGGAUUUGUGUGUGAUUGGCGAAUCCGCUCAAGUAUUGGAUGGUGCCGUAGUGGAAUCCAAUUCAAUUGUUGAUAUUGGUGCUGUCGUCACACCCGGAACAGUGGUUCCAGGAGGAGAAUUGUGGGCUGGUGCUCCCGCCAAGAAGAUUCGAGAAUUGACAGCGGAAGAAAUUGCCAGUAUUCCUCAAAAAGCCAGGGAUGCCCUCGAGUUGGCAUCGAUGCAUGCCGUUGAGAAUUCCAAGGACUAUGCUCAAGUCCUAGAGGAAGAAGAUUGGAUUGACUUCUUGGAGGAUACCCAGGAAGAUGAUCCUCAUCGAACACCACCACCCGGCGAUAUUGAUGAUAUUCAAGGAAUGGGUCACCCAGGACGCAUCUUCAAUUCUACCUUGACUCAUCCAGAAGAAGGAAUCAAAAAGUGAAAAGGCGAGUGAAAGGAACCAAUCAUCGUGAUGGUUGCAUCAUGAUGGGUUGCUUAGUGUCGAUCUGCGAUAGUAAUAGUUAAAUUUUAGCUAGCUAGUGAAUGGUGUAACGUGCGUGUUGUGUGCA